AGGAAAUGAAGAUUGUGCUGCAGGGCAAAUGCUUCAUUUAAAAGAUAUUUCAUAAUGGAUUUGUAUAGAGUGUUUUCUUUGGUGUGAUGUAUGAGUUCAGACAGGCCAGGUGAUGAUGAGGGCGGACCGAACUUGCGUAAGUGUGUUUAAGUGAUUUUUCUGUCUUCAUUCACUGUCACUACUGAUGUUUCCACGAUGGAGCUAAAAGCCACUUCUCUCCUUCUGCUCACGUGUGUCGCCAUCAUCAUCCUCACCGAAGCCAGUACCAAUGCCAUUCCCACAUGCUGUCUGGCUGUAACCAGGAAAAUCCCACGGCAGAAACUGCGUCAAGUCCAGAGAUACUACAUACAGAGCAGAUCUGGCCGCUGUGAGAUCGAUGCACUCAUAAUGCACAUCAAAAACAGAAAGAUCUGUGCUCAUCCCAAACUGAAGAGAGUCUUGGACAAGAUCAAGAAGAAUCGCAAACACAAGCGACCUUGAAUAAGCGAGGAUCAUCUCUAUAAUCAUGGAUCAUGUGGCAGCUUCAGUAGUUUCUACAUUAGAUUGCAUUUUCUGCUGAUUGUUCCAGACAUUAUUAACUACAAUAUACUGUAUAUAUUCUUUGUAUGCUCUUCUUUUUUAAUGAAAUAAAAAAAAAAUUUUCUUCUUCAGUUUUUUAAUAUUUCACACUAGU